AUGGGGGACGAUCCGGAGAGGCUUUAUCGUUUGGAUGGAGUUGCUCAUAUUGUCGGGGUGAUCAACGACGAGCCUCGGCGUUGCAUAUCCAGCGUUAGGCGGCAGCAGGGGAUGCGGCUUGAUGAGAGGUACGUUCCGUACUUGCAGAUGGCCGGCUUGUACCAUCUUGCGAGACUGAACGACAGAUGGUUCCGACUUGACGAGCCUCUGGUCAGUGCAUUCAUCGAGAGGUGGCGUCCUGAGACGCACACCUUCCACAUGCUGUUCGGCGAGUGUACCAUCACCCUUCAGGACGUCGCAUACCAGUUGGGGUUGCUGGUGGACGGUCAUUACGUUAGCGGUUGCCUGACAGACUUCCACCUAUACAUUGAGGGUGGGAGGCCUGCUUGGACGUGGUUCCAUGAGUUACUAGGUGUCUUACCUCCUGAAAACCAAGUUCAGAAAUUCGCAGUCAACUGCACAUGGUUCCAGGAGACAUUUGGAGAGUGUCCCGACGGGGCUGACGAGGAGACACUGUUUGCCGACAAGUCCGGCAAUCGUAUACACAUCAUAUGGCUCCCCUUUGUGGCUAGACUUGAGGAGAUGGGUGGCUACAGUUGGGGGUCGGCAGCUCUAGCAUGGUUGUACCGAUGCAUGUGCCGAGUCGCCAAUAGACAUGUCGUGAAGUUAGCUGGCCCGUUACAGUUACUGCAGUCUUGGAUCUUUUGGAGGUUUCCUUCCUUUAGGCCCACUGGGUAUGAUGCGUUUAGCUGGCCCCUUGCCUCGAGGUGGUCUGGUUACAAUCCUGGGAUUAGCAGCAAGGGGCCUAGGGUGCAGAUGGCUCGGCUGAAGAUCGACUUGUUACAGCCUCGGGAUUUCAUAUGGAUGCCCUAUAGCGCACUUGACGUCAUCCAGCAUCAGGUUGAUAGAGUGUUACCGCAGUUUGGUGGCGUACAGCCCCCACCGCGUCUCGCCCUGAACAUCGACUUCUUGAUGUCGAAGGACGGGAGAGGAGGUCACCGUUGGUUCCCGUCGCACUUAGCAUACUGGCAUCUUCACUGGCAGGAGCGUUCGGUGCACAUUUUACAGUUCGAUAUUGUGGCCGACCCGGGACCCUCACAUGAUUUCUUGGCAUGGUGGCAUCAGCAUGGAAAGAGAUUCCUGUCGCCAGAGAUGUACUUGGGGGAUCCACGAGGUAUUCCUAUUCCGGAUGAGGCGACUCAGAGAGGUGCAGGCCGAGUUCCUGAGAUGGACCUAGUCCACGAUGUUCCUGACAGACGUCAUGUUGAGAGGCGAGCUCGAGUCGGGACACGUCGUAGCCAACGUGAGCAUGCCUGGCUCGAUCAUGCUAUGGAGGAGGUUGAGGACGCAGGUAGGGGUCGCGGGAGACGACAUGGGCGUGGAGGCAGGAGGAGGGGGGUCGAUGCUAGAGAUGAUGUCCAUCAGCCUGGGAGGGAUGCAGCUGGAGGAGGAGAGGCAGUCGGGGUUGACAGGCCCCAUCAGGGGGGCAUGAUGGUGAGUGGUAUGGAUCAGACACUUCAGGACAGUACUCCAUGGGCGAGUCCGAACUCCAUGUUUCCAGACUUCCUUGCUAGUGACGGGAUUGUGGCGGAGUUCGGUGGACCUCAUUUCCUUGAGGUCCAUAGGUGA